UGUCGGAUGUCGGUGCUUAUCAGGUUUAUCUUAGCCUUGUCUCAAUUUCAGCCCUUCGAACAUUUUUGACUCAUCCCCACUUCACUGACCCCUCCAUAUCAGCUUGUCCAACGAAACGAUAAGUGGAAAAUCUCACUCGAUUCUAAAAUAUCUGGACCUCGAGGAACUCAUAAUUGUCGAGAGCAUCAAACGAUACCAUAAUUUAAAACUAUCGGAUCUUAUCGUUCAACAUGGCGGACGCAAUCACCGAAGGAACGACUAAGCUCCAGCUUGAUGAGGAGACAGGGGAGAUGGUCUCGAAGGCCGAAUUGAAGAAAAGAUUGGCAAAACGUGCGAAGAAAGCAGCACAAGCAAAAGCAAAAUCAGAGGCGCCAUCUAAAGAAGCUGCUGCACCUAAGCUUAAGAAAGUAGAAGAGGCCAAAGCAGCGGAGCCUUCAAACGUAUUCGCUCAGGGAUUUCUCUCAGAAGUGUACAAAGAGCGUCCCGUGAAACCAGUCUUCACUCGAUUUCCACCAGAACCUAAUGGAUAUUUACAUAUUGGUCAUGCCAAAGCUAUUGCGGUCAACUUUGGAUUUGCUAAAUAUCAUGACGGCCAAUGUUACCUGAGAUUCGAUGAUACCAAUCCUGAAGCAGAAGAAGAGAAGUAUUUCACAGCGAUAAAGGAAAUGGUUUCAUGGUUAGGCUUCACACCUUACAAGAUUACACACUCAAGUGAUAAUUUCGAUAAGCUCUACGAGAAAGCAGAGGAACUCAUCAACUUAGGAGGUGCCUACGUCUGCCAUUGUGGUGGUAAGAAACUUUGUGCAAGCAGCUGACACCGACAAAUACUAACGUAUUUUAGAUGCUGAAAUCAAAGCUCAGCGAGGAGGCGAGGCACGAGGCCCAAGAUUCAGAUGCGAGCAUGCGGACCAAUCCGUCGAAGAAAAUCUAAGAAAGUUCAGAGCUAUGCGAGAUGGCGAGUAUAAACCCAGGGAGGCAUUCUUGCGCAUGAAGCAGAACAUUGAGGAUGGAAACCCCCAGAUGUGGGAUCUGGCAGCAUACCGCGUGCUGGAUGCUAAGCAUCAUUUAACAGGAGACAAGUGGAAGAUUUACCCAACAUACGACUUUACUCAUUGUCUUUGCGAUAGUUUUGAGAACAUCACACAUUCGCUUUGCACAACCGAGUUUAUUCUAUCAAGAGUAUCAUACGAAUGGCUGAAUAGUACUCUGAAAGUAUACGAACCGAUGCAGAGAGAAUAUGGCCGAUUAAAUAUUACGGGUACUGUCCUUUCAAAGCGAAAGCUCAAGAAACUUGUAGACGAGAAAUAUGUUAGGGGUUGGGAUGACCCAAGACUAUACACGUUGAUCGGAAUUAAAAGACGUGGUGUCCCUCCCGGAGCUAUUCUUGAGUUUAUCAACGAACUUGGAGUAACGACAGCUCCUACCAAUAUUCAACUCGCUCGUUUCGACCAGAGUGUUCGUAAGUACUUGGAGCUCACAGUUCCCAGACUUAUGUUAGUUCUCGAUCCUGUACCUGUCAUCAUCGAGGAUGCCGAAGAGUUGGAGCUUGAUAUUCCAUUUUCAUCUAAAGUACCUGCAAUGGGCAGCCAUAAGGUCAAGUUGACUAAAACUGUUUAUAUUGAGAGGAGUGAUUUCAGAGAAGUUGAUAGCAAAGAUUAUUUCCGUCUCGCUCCUGGAAAAUCCGUUGGCUUACUCCACAUCCCAUAUCCCAUCAAGGCAAUCUCAUUCUCCAAAGAUGGAGACAAUGUCACGGAAAUUCGAGCUGUCUACGACAAGGAGGUCAAGAAGCCCAAGACUUACAUUCAUUGGGUUGCAGAGGGCUCAAAGAAUGUGGAAGUCAGAAUAUUCAAUUCGCUUUUCAAGAGUGAAAAGCCAGACGACGCUGAAGGUGGUUUUUUAAAUGAUAUCAACCCUGAUAGCGAGGAAAUCUGGCCUAAUGCUCUUAUUGAGUCUGGAUUUGACGAAGUACGAAGACGAGCUCCAUGGCCAGAGGCUGCUGGAGAAUCAGAGCUCGGAAAGGGAGGUCCUGAAUCUGUUAGAUUCCAAGCCAUGCGUGUAGCAUAUAUGGUAAGCUACCUGAUGUAUGUUUAUGUUUUGAAAGUUCGUCUAACAGUCUUUAGGCAAUGGACUCCGACUCAACGGAUGAUAAGAUUGUACUGAAUCGUAUUGUCAGCUUGAAGGAGGAUUCUGGAAAGUAGGGUGAUUAUACGAGGAGACAGAAAUACAUCAAUUGAGAAUUACAUGGGAUACCAGAAAUGAAUUAUUCAUUACAUAGCAAGUUACUUAUCGUGUUAAAUAUCCUGGCGUUACAAACAGAGUUAAGUGAAUUAAAUGAGAUGAAUGAUUUUCCCUGACUGACCUUGCCUCGAAAGUCGCCU